CGCACGCCUAGUCACGCCGCUUGCUAAGAUGAGGUGCGCCGUGCUGCGGAACAAGUGAAGUCGCUCGACGCGCGCGCGACCCUUUUCGUUGCAGGUGCGCGGCGCUACCCCGCGACAGCCGUCAAAGCAGCGCGGAGGAGAACCGAGAAAGGGGGACCGAAGAACGCCGCGGCGAGGGAAAUGGCGAACUGGCGCCUGCGACGACGCGCCUGUUGAGGAGGGAGCCGCUCGAGGACACGCGCCUCGCGUCCGGACGGCCGUCAUGGACGACUCGGAGCCCGCAGACGACGGCCUGCUCUCGGGCUUGAGGUGGAACCGGAGCCCGCGGGACCAAGCUCAGCUCAAGCACAAAAUCCGGGACCUGCCGGGACUACUUAAACACGGGCUGCACCUGCGGAAGAAGAGCCAAUCACCUGACACGAUCCCUGGACCGAGUGCAGGCCCGACAGUAAAUAAGUCAUGCUCCCAGAGUUUCCCCUGUGCUGGCCGGGCUGUCAGAAACGGUUUCCUUUCCCAUGGACCAUACCCAGCUAAAGACAAGAUACACCUAGCCAGAAUCAUACGGCGCAGUUAUGUGGGCGUGGAGCUGGUGCAGUGGCUGUGCGAGCAAUGUGUGUACGUGCGUUGCCGGACCACCGCCGUGCGCGUCUGGCAGGUGCUGCUGGAACUGGGCGUCCUCCUGUCCGUGGACCAGCGAGUCGUCUUCUCGGACGCCAACACUUACUACCAGUUCAGUUUUGAGGAGUGCGACUCGACCUCCUGUGAGUUUCGUGCCAACGAAGGGGAAUGGCCAGAGGCUGUUAGGCUCCUCCUACAACUUGCCCCGUAUGUUCAGUUUCGCUCUGCGGACAGAACCGACAGCCCGUCAGAGGAGGACUCUGAGGGAAACCGGGAUGUCUGCAGCGAGAUCCUCCAGAUGAAAGCGCUAGAAAGGCUCACGUCAACAGUACAAAGUGAGUUGGCUGCUGCUCUUGCCCGAAAAACGCGCAAAGCUUUAUCAGAGCAGGACUCUGACAUGCCAGAGACAAGCCAGCAGGACGUCCACUCACCGAUUGCGGAGUCCAGCCCGCUGGGCGGCUCGUGCGCUCUGCGAAGCGGUGGAGGCAACGGCGGCGGCGGCAACGGGACCGUGUGUGGCCGUGAGGAGCUGACCAGCCGACUGGGCUUUGAGGCCGUCCAACGUCUGGCCAAGGAUGGCUGCCGGCUGCUGCAGAACCACAACUACCGGUUACCGGACAGGAGCCAGGCGGAGGUGGUCGGGCGAGUUUGUCUGAAGGAGCGAGGACGCGACGUGUUGGUGUUGCAGAGGGUGACAUCGUCGCUGACGUCGCCAUCCGAACGGCCCUCGCCCACGUCGUCGGGGGGCGGGUCCAGAGAGGAAGACAAAAGGUAUGUGGUGGUGUCUGGGACGCCACUGAAGAUCUUGGAGCAUCUGCUGAGUGACUUGCGUCUCGAUGAGCAAAGAGGGGCGCCCGAGAGUACGGAGAGCGAAAUGCUGUUGGACGACUUCCUGUUAACCUACCUGGUGUUCAUGUCCACGUCUGACCUCUGUCAAGCUCUGCUGGGACACUAUAGCAGCGUGCGCAGCAGGGGCCAGGAGGAGGGAAAGGAUACCCUCUUCAGGAAGCGCAAGGUCCUGCAAUUGGUCUCCCACUGGAGCCGACUCUACAAGGACUUCCUCAAGGAGGAGGAGCAUGUUCGGGGUUUCAUGAAGACUCUGUACAGGUGCGUGCUCGAAGAUCUCUACGAGUUCCCGACGCUCGAGAAAGACCUCAAAGAGUUCCAGAAGCUUCUGCGUCGCAGACACACGGUGGAUGACUGUCCGCCAACGCAAAAGAGCAAACCAAUGCACCAGCAGUUGAGUUUGAAGGAAAACUGUUUGCAACUUCGCACUCCGCAAUGUGAGACGAGAGAAGUUAUUUGCUGCGUUUACGUAAGCGCCGACUCCUACCUGAGCGUCCACACGCAUCCCUCGCUGGAGGCCCACGAGCUGCUAAGAAUCGUGAGACUGAAGAUGGACAGGUCAGAAGACGACAUGGUGCUUGCUGUGGUCUCCCACACUGGAGAGCGCAGGAUGUUGCAGCCCAGCGACUGUGUGUAUUCCGAGUCCCUGACCCCGCAGGGCAGGCUUGUCGUCUGCCGCAGAGAUCUGGCUGAGAUCUUGCCUCCUUUGACGGACGGCGCCGAGCUCAGCAGGAGGCCGGUGCGCCUUUUGGGGAUCAACACGUGGGACGUCGCCGCGGCGCUCACACACCUGGACUGGAGCCUCUUCAAAUCCAUCCAUGAGCAAGAGCUGGUCUACUACACCCUCAGGCGCAUUCCCGGCGGGGGCCACACGGCGGCGCUCUCCGUCCUGCUGCAGCGCUGCAACGAGGUCCAGCAGUGGGUUAUGUCCGAAGUUCUCAUGUGCACGUCGCUCAACAAGAGAGUGCAGCUGCUCAAGAAGUUCAUCAAGAUCGCCGCUCACUGCAAAGCUCAAAGGAAUUUAAACUCCGCCUUUGCCAUCAUCAUGGGCCUCAACACAGCGGCCGUGAGUCGACUCAACCAAACCUGGGAGAAAUGUCCUGGGAAGUUCAAGAAGCUUUUCGCAGAGUUGGAGCUGAUCACGGAUCCGUCUCUUAACCACAAAGCCUACCGAGAAGCUUUUAAAAGAAUGAAACCUCCAAAGAUCCCGUUUAUGCCCCUUCUCUUGAAAGAUAUCACCUUUAUCCAUGAGGGCAACAAGACUUUUCAUGACAACCUCGUGAACUUUGAGAAGCUGCAUAUGAUCGCAGACACGGUUCGAAUGAUUCGACACUGCCAAAGUGACCAAACAGGCAAUGAGGUGAUCGGCGUCGACAGCGCGGAGUUGCGGGCAAGCGUUCACUACCUACACAUCAUCGACAAUCAGCAGACGCUCUUCGAGCUGUCCCACAAACUCGAGCCGCGGGCUUAGUGCGCACGCACCUCCUCUUGGCGGACACCGAGAAGUAGCACGGCACCGAUGCGGUAACCCAAGCACUGAAAUGUGUGCGACACGUUAAGGACGCUGUACAGCACAGGUCACACACACUCCCGCACACACCGCAAUGAACAACCAGUUGAGGUGCCAAAUGUUUGGACUAAACCAUCACAAAGACUCAGAGCUCAACUCUGACUUGAGUAGAGAAGGAUGUAAUUUAUGUUGUACAGUAUAUAUUGGACUUAAUAUGACUUUAUUAUUAUUACUUUUUUUUUGUGAUGCGCUUUUGGUUAUUUAUGAGCCUGUCCCGCAGGUGGAAUGUUGCGUUUGUUUUGUGCUGUUGCCUCAGUGUACUGUUGGUCAACGGCGACUUGAUGGCCUCGUCAUUUCAGUAGCCAAAAAAAAAAAAAAAAAA